AUGGACUGUGCCGUAGCGGCGCGAGGCUUUGAGUUAGAGUUAAAGGAGUAUGUACCUGGCGAUCGCGGAGCCGUUGUAGCAGGGCGCGGUGGUGACGCUGAGCGGCGCGCAGAGCGCGGCCGGCAGCUGCGCCCAGUAGCGGCGCGAGGCUUUGAGUUAGAGUUAGAGGAGUAUGUACCUGGCGAUCGCGGAGCCGUUGUAGCAGGGCGCGGUGGUGACGCUGAGCGGCGCGCAGAGCGCGGCCGGCAGCUGCGCCCAGUAGCGGCGCGAGGCUUUGAGUUAGAGUUAGAGGAGUAUGUACCUGGCGAUCGCGGAGCCGUUGUAGCAGGGCGCGGUGGUGACGCUGAGCGGCGCGCAGAGCGCGGCCGGCAACUGCACCCAGUAGCGGCGCGAGGCUUUGAGUUAGAGUUAGAGGAGUAUGUACCUGGCGAUCGCGGAGCCGUUGUAGCAGGGCGCGGUGGUGACGCUGAGCGGCGCGCAGAGCGCGGCCGGCAGCUGCGCCCAGUAGCGGCGCGAGGCUUAGAGUUAGAGUUAGAGGAGUAUGUACCUGGCGAUCGCGGAGCCGUUGUAGCAGGGCGCGGUGGUGACGCUGAGCGGCGCGCAGAGCGCGGCCGGCAGCUGCGCCCAGGCGCGGUGGUGACGCUGAGCGGCGCGCAGAGCGCGGCCGGCAAGCUGCGCCCAGUAGCGGCGCGAGGCUUUGAGUUAGAGUUAGAGGAGUAUGUACCUGGCGAUCGCGGAGCCGUUGUAGCAGGGCGCGGUGGUGACGCUGAGCGGCGCGCAGAGCGCGGCCGGCAGCUGCGCCCAGUAGCGGCGCGAGGCUUUGAGUUAGAGUUAGAGGAGUAUGUACCUGGCGAUCGCGGAGCCGUUGUAGCAGGGCGCGGUGGUGACGCCGAGCGGCACGCAGAGCGCGGCCGGCAGCUGCGCCCAGUAGCGGCGCGAGGCUUUGAGUUAGAGUUAGAGGAGUAUGUACCUGGCGAUCGCGGAGCCAUUGUAGCAGGGCGCGGUGGUGACGCCGAGCGGCACGCAGAGCGCGGCCGGCAGCUGCGCCCAGUAGCGGCGCGAGGCUUUGAGUUACAGUUAGAGGAGUAUGUACCUGGCGAUCGCGGAGCCAUUGUAGCAGGGCGCGGUGGUGACGCCGAGCGGCACGCAGAGCGCGGCCGGCAGCUGCGCCCAGUAGCGGCGCGAGGCUUUGAGUUACAGUUAGAGGAGUAUGUACCUGGCGAUCGCGGAGCCGUUGUAGCAGGGCGCGGUGGUGACGCUGAGCGGCGCGCAGAGCGCGGCCGGCAGCUGCGCCCAGUAGCGGCGCGAGGCUUUGAGUUAGAGUUAGAGGAGUAUGUACCUGGCGAUCGCGGAGCCGUUGUAGCAGGGCGCGGUGGUGACGCAGAGUGGCGCGCAGAGCGCGGCCGGCAGCUGCGCCCAAUAGCGGCGCAAGGCUUAGAGUUAGAGUUAGAGGAGUAUGUACCUGGCGAUCGCGGAGCCGUUGUAGCAGGGCGCGGUGGUGACGCUGAGCGGCGCGCAGAGCGCGGCCGGCAACUGCACCCAGUAGCGGCGCGAGGCGCGCACGCGCGCACGCGUCUCGCGCCUAAGACGCUCCAGCCCAGGGCUGCCCCACUCCGCGCCCGUGCCUGCUCCUGCGCAUACGUACACGCACACUCAGUGUUGCCAGAGGGUUACAUUUCACAAUCAGAAGUUAUGAUUUACUAA